CUCUUUCUAACGCACACUAAAAGGGCUGAUGAAGCAGCACAAAAAGAAAUUGCCGAGAAGUACAACAGAAGAAAAAGAAAAAACUGAAAUGGUGAUUAAUAUUUUUAUAAACAAUAAACAGUUAAUUACUGUCAAUACUAAUGGCAUUAAAUAUGACAACAUUUGCGACUGUAUCAAAGAGGCAACACAUUUACAACCCGAAGAUUACUACCUCAUAAGCAAUGGCAAACGUUUAAAUGAAAAUGAUAGUAAUGACAAUAAUGAGACUGCAAGUGUCCACUGCAUAUUGCGCCAGGUGGGUGGCAAGGGCGGAUUUGGGUCAAUGCUGCGAGCGAUUGGCGCCCAAAUCGAAAAGACCACAAAUAGAGAAGCAUGUCGCGAUUUGAGCGGACGUCGCCUACGAGAUAUCAAUGAAGAGAAGCGCGUCAAAGCAUGGUUGGAGAAGCAAGGAGAACGCGAACGUGAGGCAGAGGAGCGCAAGAAACGCAAAAUUGAGAAGCUUCUUGCGGUGCCCAAACACGAAUUCAAGGACGAAGAGUACGAGAAAGCAAGGGCCAAGUUGACGGAUAAAGUGAACGAUGCCUUCGAGGUGGGAAUGAAACAGACAGUGGACGAUGGGGACAAACCCUCCACUAGUGUAUCCACCACGACUGCUGUUAAACGAAAACUCACCACCAACGACAAGACAAAGGAUAACAAAAAGAAGAAGAGCGCGCUCUGGAUUGAUGAUGAUCUGUCUGGUAGCGAUUUGGAUUCUGAUGACAGCGAGGUGGAAACUGACAAGAAAGCGGCAAUUAAAUGUUAAAAGAUUUAUUUUUAAUUAAGCACUAAUCCAUAUACAUAAAUAAAAUUAUGACAAUUAA